GGACCUGUGUCUGUGGCCAGAUUCUCUGCUGUGCCCACACGGUAGACCCUUAUAUUGGGAAUAUGAAUUUUUCAUGAAGGAGAACAAGGGACUAGGCCUGAAGCAAGUUGAAGCAAUAUUUCCGAAAUUGGAUGCCAAGCCGUUUCUACUGUAGGGGUACAGACAGUGGCAGUGAAUGCCAGAGACACAUCUUUGGUAAGCCUGUUCCAGGCUUGGCUGUCCCACAGGGCACUUGAGGCCUGGAGAGUAGUAAAAGGCAGAACUGAAGAGUAGAAGAAGGGUGAAGAAAUGAAAGAUGGAUGGUUGCCAGAAGUAAAUUUUGUCAGGCUCAGUAUUUUUCUUGGGUUCAAUCAUGUUUGAAAUUAAGAAGAUUUGUUGCAUUGGUGCGGGCUAUGUUGGAGGACCUACGUGUAGUGUCAUUGCUCAUAUGUGCCCUGAAAUCAGGGUAACGGUUGUUGAUGUCAAUGAAUCAAGAAUCAAUGCAUGGAACUCUCCUACUCUCCCUAUUUAUGAGCCAGGACUAAAAGAAGUGGUAGAAUCCUGCCGAGGAAAAAAUCUAUUUUUUUCUACCGAUAUUGAUGAUGCCAUUAAAGAAGCUGAUCUUGUAUUUAUUUCUGUGAACACUCCAACCAAAACCUAUGGAAUGGGGAAAGGCCGUGCGGCAGAUCUGAAGUAUAUUGAGGCUUGUGCCAGACGCAUUGUGCAAAACUCACAUGGGUACAAAAUUGUGACUGAGAAAAGCACAGUUCCAGUGAGGGCAGCAGAAAGUAUUCGUCGAAUAUUUGAUGCAAACACAAAACCCAACUUGAAUUUACAGGUACUGUCCAACCCUGAGUUCUUGGCGGAAGGAACAGCCAUCAAGGACCUGAAGAACCCAGACAGAGUACUGAUUGGAGGGGAUGAAACGCCAGAGGGCCAGAGAGCUGUGCAGGCACUGUGUGCUGUGUAUGAGCACUGGGUUCCCAGAGAAAAGAUCCUCACCACUAAUACUUGGUCUUCAGAACUUUCCAAACUGGCAGCAAAUGCUUUUCUUGCCCAGAGGAUCAGCAGUAUUAACUCUAUAAGUGCCCUCUGUGAAGCAACAGGGGCUGAUGUAGAAGAGGUGGCAACAGCCAUUGGAAUGGACCAGAGAAUUGGAAAUAAGUUUCUGAAAGCCAGUGUUGGUUUUGGUGGAAGCUGCUUUCAGAAAGAUGUUCUGAAUUUGGUUUAUCUCUGUGAGGCUCUGAAUUUGCCUGAAGUAGCUCGGUAUUGGCAGCAGGUCAUAGAUAUGAAUGACUACCAGAGAAGGAGAUUUGCUUCCCGGAUUAUAGACAGUCUGUUUAAUACAGUAACUGAUAAGAAGAUAGCUAUUUUGGGAUUUGCAUUCAAAAAGGACACCGGUGAUACGAGAGAAUCUUCUAGCAUAUAUAUCAGCAAAUAUUUGAUGGAUGAAGGUGCACAUCUCCAUAUAUAUGAUCCAAAAGUACCAAGGGAACAAAUAGUUGUGGAUCUUUCUCACCCAGGAGUUUCAGAGGAUGACCAAGUGUCUCGGCUCGUGACCAUUUCCAAGGAUCCAUAUGAAGCAUGUGAUGGUGCCCAUGCUGUGGUUAUUUGCACUGAGUGGGACAUGUUUAAGGAAUUGGAUUAUGAACGCAUUCAUAAAAAAAUGCUGAAGCCAGCCUUUAUCUUUGAUGGACGACGUGUCUUGGAUGGGCUCCACAACGAACUACAAACCAUUGGCUUCCAGAUUGAAACAAUUGGAAAAAAGGUGUCUUCAAAGAGAAUUCCAUAUGCGCCUUCGGGGGAAAUUCCAAAGUUUAGCCUUCAGGAUCCACCGAACAAGAAACCCAGAGUAUAGUCAUUGCCAUUUUUAUUUGUAAAUUUUUUGGUACUUUAGGAUAGCAGAUAUCUAUCUGAUAUUAAAUGGUAAAUGAACCAAGUGUUUUUAAGGAAACAAAACUAUUUUUUUAAUCAAAUUUAUACUAGCUAUAUGGGAAUUAGCAUAUCUGGUAUUAUGAAUCUAGAAUAUUUUUUACAUAUUUUUGUAAUUUUGUUACCUCAGUGAUUGGAAGAGUGGUAAAUAAUCAUGUUGGUUUUAAUGGUGUCGAUCUUUGUAAAAUACAGAUUAAACCUAAAACACUUUUUACUUUAUAAAAUGUCCAUAGGCAGCACUUUAAUAUCACAUGUACACUCUUCAGUUUUUCUGAUCAUUGGUUUAUUUACUUGUUAUUAAGUGUAUAUAUUUUAAACCGUGAAAUUGCUGUCCUAAACACUGGGCUAAACCUGUUAACCUUUCAGAAAGUGUCCUGGAGACUUAGAGGUUUCUGGCUUAAUUGGGUAAGGUGUUUCCCAAGCCAUUUCUUGUCUCUCUGAACAGACAGGGAAAAUUCAGUGGAUAGAAUGGGGCCUUGUGCUUUUUUCUUUUCUUAUCUUCCUUCCUUUCUUCCUUUCUCCUCUCCUCUCCUUUUUCUUUCUUUCUUUCUUUCUUUCUUUCUUUCUUUCUUUCUUUCUUUCUUCCCUUUUCUUUCUUUUUUGGAUGUGCUUAGAACAUUUUUCCUAUGCUUCCAUGUUACAAGUGACCCUAUAAGUUUGGUUUGGGUAAUGUUCCUUUGCUCCUUUUGUUUGAACGAGCUGCGUUGUUGGUUUUUUAGCCCAAGAAUGUCAUCACUGCUCAUUUCCAAUUGAUCCAAAUAAGACUAAAAGGCAAUUUUUUUUUUUAACAUGAAGAAAAUAUCAGUAUUGGUCUAGUUUAUUCUUCUUCAUGUCUCGUUUUUUCUCACUGAUCAUUAUUUUUUUAGUUCAAGAGCCAAAAAUAUUUGUUACCUUCAUUUUGCACUUUUAGUUCUAUAACUCAUUGAAGUUCCCCUUUUUCUUUAAAUAAGAAAAUCAAUAUAAUCUCAUGUAUGAACUUAAAAAAGUAGAUUUUACAAAUUACGUAUAGCAUUAUUCUAAAGUAAGAAUUUUUGUAUGUUUCCAUGUGCUUUUUUAUUACGUGUCUUAUUGACUUUGAUUUUGUCUUAUGCUUUAUCAUUAUUGAAAUAUGCCAGAUGUCCAUCUGAUGCUAUGCUCUGCUGAGAGUAUACAAAUCAAGUUAAACAGAUACAAACCUCAUCCUUUAGGAAUUUUGAGGUUCAGUUAGAAUACAGAAACAAAUACAAAGAUGAGAGACAUCUGUACAGAUAGCAAACACAUAAAUAAAAUAUUCUGUAUCAACAA